CGGCGGGUGUUCGCCCGCUCGGGCGAGCUGCAGGCCCACCUGGCCUCGCACGGGCGGCCGGCGCCCGGCUACGCCUGCGGCGAGUGCGGGCGCCGCUACAGCCGGGCCUCCCACCUCCUGCGGCACCAGCGCAGCCACACCGGCGAGCGGCCCUACCCGUGCCCGGCCUGCGGCAAGGGCUUCGUCAACUCCUACGAGCUGCUGCGCCACCAGCUCACCCACACCGACGCCGCGCCCCACCCGUGCCCGCGGUGCGACAAGUCCUUCAAGCGCCCGCACUACCUGGCGCAGCACCUGCGCACCCACUCCCAGGAGACCCCCUACGCCUGCCCCUCCUGUGGCAAGGCCUUCAAGACGGCCUCCUACCUCCUGAAGCACCAGGGGCGCCACCAGCCCGACCCGCCCCGUCACCGGUGCCCGGAGUGCGGCAAGGCCUUCCGCUACCCCUACGAGCUGGCCCGCCACGCCCGCUCCCACUCCGACCGGGCGCCCUACCCCUGCCCGGACUGCCCGCGGGCCUUCAAGAGCAGCCGCGACCUGGACCAGCACGCCCGCCUCCACACCGGCGAGCGGCCCUACGUGUGCGGGGCCUGCGGCAAAGGCUUCACCCGCUCCUCCAUGCUGGGCCGGCACCGCCGCACGCACAGCCCGCUGCGCCCCCACGCCUGCCCGGACUGCGGCCGCUGCUUCAAGGCGCCCGCCGGGCUGCGGGGGCACCGCCGCAGGAACUGCCGGGGCGGGGGAGGGGCCGCCGGCCAGCCGGGCCCCUCGCCAACCCAAUAUCCGCCAACAACGCCAACCCAACUCCCGACGCCAACCCAAUAUCCGCCACCGACGCCAACCCAACACCCAUCGCCAACCCAGUAUGCACCAACGCCAACCCAACUCCCAUCGCCAACCCAAUAUCCGCCAACAACGCCAACUCAACUC